CAUCACGCGUUCCUCUCUUUCGGCCCUCCAGAAUUGGAGCAUCAAAUCAAAGGCAAAGCUCCUUAUUUAAACGCCAGAAACGUCUUCGCCUUCGCACGCCUUGCCCUUCUUCAUUCAUCGCUCUGCCCGUUUCGCCUACAUUGCUCAUCCGCGCCAGAUAGAAAUGGAGUAUGGACAGCAGUAUCAACAGAUACCUGAACGAAAAUAUGAAUGCCUUCUCUUUGAUGUUGAUGAUACCCUUUAUCCCUUGAGUUGUGGCUUGUCUAGGCAAACCGCCUUGAAUAUCAGAGAUUAUAUGGUUACAAAGCUUGGCAUAGAGGAGGAGAAAGUUCCUGAAUUGAAUGCUCAACUAUACAAUGGUUAUGGAACCACAAUGGCUGGUCUACUGGCUAUUGGUUAUGAUUUGGAUUAUGAUGACUACCACAGUUAUGUUCAUGGAAGAUUACCCUAUGAUGAUAUCUUAAAACCGGAUCCAGUUCUCAAGUAUCUACUGCAAUCCCUGCCCAUUAGGAAAGUUAUAUUCUCAAACGCAAAUAAGGAGCAUGUUGAUCAAGUUCUAGGGAGGCUUGGAUUAAAGGAAUGCUUUGACCAAGUUAUAUGCUUUGAGACCUUGAAUCCAAUCAACAAGAGAAAUAGAAUUGGCGAGGAAGAUGAGUCUAAUCCAAGUACCAUUCUCGGCACCAACACUAAUUUUGUUAACGAGUCUUCUGAGCAUAAUACAGUACCUCCAAAGCCUCUAGUAGCUUGCAAACCUUCUGAGGUAUCCUUUGAACUAGCUCUCAAGACGGCUCAAAUCAACCCUAAGAAGACAUUGUUCUUCGACGAUAGCAUCCGUAAUUUGCAGAUCGGCAAGCUUAUGGGCCUCCAGACAGUCUGGGUGGGGUCUUCUCACAGAACAAAGGGCGUGGAUCAUGCACUGAAGAGCAUUCACAAUAUGAAGGAAGCAUUGCCAGAUCUCUGGGAAGCCAUUGAGAAAACAGAAGAUGCACACUACACCGAACAGGUUGCGAUUCAGACAUCAGUAAGAGCCUAGCUAGCUUUUUUUUUUUGCUAAGUAAAAUUCAAGAGCCUAGCUAGCCCUUACAAUAACCAUGAGGUGAUCAAAUUAACAAGGAAUAGUUGAAGUGGGUUGGUGUUUUCCCACCCCUGGUUGUAUUCUGUGCAGUGGAUAUGGACAUUGCAAAUAAGAGAAAUUGCCUUCUACUCAA